AUGCCAUUCCACAAUCCGCUGGCAAAGCAGCCAGAUUCCUACGUCAAGAAGAAGGAGUACGAUUUCAAAAAGACGCUCGGAGAAGGUACAUUCGGCAUUGUUCGACAAGCAACAUGGAAAGCAGCGGAUCCACCCAUCAACGUAGCAGUCAAGGUGAUCAGCAAGCGCAUCCUUCGUGGACACGAUGAGAUUGUCAAAGACGAGAUGAACGUGCUCAAGGGUCUUGAUCAGCCGCACGUGGUCAAAUUCCUUGACUGGUUCGAGAGCAAAGACAAGUACUACCUCGUAUUUGAAGAAGCGACAGGUGGCGAGUUGUUCGAACGUAUCUUGUCGCGCGGACGGUUCACGGAGCUAGAUGCGUGUCGGACGAUCCGGGCGGUUCUCUCGGCGAUUCAGUACCUUCACCAUCACAAUAUCGUUCAUCGCGACAUCAAACCGGAAAACAUUCUCUAUCGAACCAAAGCAGAAGAUGCCAACGUGGUGCUUGUCGACUUUGGCAUUGCCGCACAUAUGAAGGACGACAACGAAGUGCUGACUUCGGUGUGCGGAAGCUUUGGCUAUGCUGCACCCGAGAUCCUCGCCAAGAAAGGGCACGGCAAGGCGGUCGAUAUGUGGAGCCUGGGCGUGAUUACCUAUACGAUGCUGUGUGGCUAUACACCCUUUCGUUCCGACGAUGCGGCGGCGUUGGCAGCUGAAACGCAGCGGGGCAAGGUCGAAUUCCAUGAUCGAUACUGGAAGAAUGUCAGCAACGAAGCCAAGGACUUUGUCAAGGCGUGCCUCACUGUGGAUCCCAAGAAACGCCUCACCGCGGACCAAGGCAUGUCUCACCCAUGGCUCACCGAACACAGCGAAGAGACACAAGGUGUACACGAUAUUUCGGCGGGCUUGCGCGAAAACUAUCGAAAGCGCUGGAAGUCGGCCAUCGCAGCGGUACGUGCAUCGACCAAGUUUCGCACGUUCGCUCAGCUUGCCAGCGAGAGUCGCUCAGGCAGUCAGGCCUCUUUGCAAACGUCGGAUUCAUCGACGGCGUUUGCAGAUGAUCCAGGCAAGAUUUCACCGCCCACCAAACGUGAACUGUACAGUGAAAGUGAAGACGAGCAGGACGGAGAAGACAACCAGUGGUUCGAUACCGAAGACGGCAGCGCCGCGAGGGGUAACGAUGCCACGCUUGCCGAUGCAGCCUCGAGCCAGUCGGAAAACGAGCCAGGAUGGGUCGAGAAGCUCGAGAAUAAGCUUGAUGAUUUGCAUCUGCAUUCUUCCAGCAAGUCAAGUGAAUAA